UACGCUUCGGUUUUUCUCGCUUUCAUUUCACUACCCAACAAAAAGGGGAAAAUAAUUUAGAAACUUCUUUGGUCCGCAGUCGCGAUCUUCCUGCUAAAAGUAUGAAGUGGACCUUCAAGGACGAGCAUUCGAUCGACGUGAGACGCGCAGAGUCAGCCAAAAUCCGUUCGAAAUACCCUGAUCGAAUCCCGGUCGUUGUAGAGAAAGCACCGAAAUCAACAAUACCGGACAUCGACAAACGAAAAUUUCUUGUUCCCAACGAUCUAACAGUGGCUCAAUUCAUGUACAUAAUCAGAAAGAGAAUUCAACUUGCUCCCGAAAAGGCAAUGUUUUUGUUCGUCAACAAAGUUCUGCCGACAACGAGUUCGACAAUGGGAGCAAUUUACGAAGAACACAAAGAUGAAGAUGGUUUUUUGUACAUAGCCUACAGCGGUGAAAACACUUUUGGUCAGUGAAGGCAACAAACUUCUGAUAAAAAAUUAUUCUUUGGAAAAUUUUUGAGUAAAAGUACAUGAUAUAUCUUUUGGCAAUUAUAUUCAAAUCAAUACAGUAGAACACUUUUUCACCAAGAACUUGUAAAUAUGUGACUUAUCUUGGUCCAAUACCUUGUACUCAGCAGCCUUUGGUUUAGGUAUAAAUAUAAUUUAUGUAUUCUGCAUAUAUCUGGAAUUGAGAUAAUUUGAAAUUCACUUUUCCAAAGUGAAUUUCAAGCUAACUCCAUAUUGAUUAUGUUUUAAAAAUAAAUAGUUUUUGUUUAAAUUUCAA